ACAGGUGGCAUCCUAUCACAGUUCCACGCUGGAAUUCACUGAGCUCCUGAGAGCGACCCAUUCUUUCACAAAUGUUUGUAAAAACAGUCUGCAUGCCUAGGUUCUUGAUUUUAUACACCUGUGGCCAUGGAAGUGAUUGGAACACCUGAUUCUGAUUAUUUGGAUGGGUGAGCGAAUACUUUUGGCAAUAUAGUGUAUCUAUAAAGUACACAGUGCCUUUUCUGAUCCCUAACAGGAAGUUUCUCCUUUAUCUUGGGCUUUUGCCAGUAUGACUUGGUUAGAUUCAAGAUACAAGAUUCAAGUAGCUUUAUUGUCAUUUCAACCACAUAUAGCUGACACAGUACAUAGUGAAAUGAAACCAACUAUGCCAACAGAGCAUAGACAAGAAAGUGCAAAGAAAAAAAAAUUAAUACAAGAAAGACAACACAAAAACACAGAACACUUAGUGCCAAAAAAGAAAGAAAAGAACAUGUGUGGAAUGUAAGUGAAAUAAAACAAGAUUAAAUGAAAUGAUGUAAAAAAAAAUAUUGUGGAAAAAUACAACAGCAGUGGUUUAGGUAGUGCAAAUAGAAAUAAACAUAAAUAUAACUAUACCAGCAGAUGACAGGUAGAGGUAGUGCAAUAAGUAAUGAACAAUAUAAAUUAUGUGCGUGUCCACACAGGCGAGAGAGAGAGAGGAAAGAAACUGUUACACAGUUACACAGAAGGGUGAAGAGUGUGUGUGAGGGGUGUGUGGGGUCAGCCACAAUGCUGUUAGCUUUGCAGAUGCAGUGUGCGGUGUAAAUGUCUGUGAUAGAGGGGAGAGAGACUCCGAUGAUCUUUUCAGCUGUCCUCACUAUCCGCUGAAGGGUCUUGCGAUCCGAGACGGUGCAGUUCCCAAACCAGGCGGUGAUGCAGCUGCUCAGGAUGCUCUCGAUGGUCCCUCUGUAGAACACAGUCAGGAUGGGGGAAGGGAGAUGGGCUUUCCUCAGCCUCCUCAGGAAGUAGAGGCGCUGCUGGGCUUUCUUGGUGAUGGAGCUGGUGUUGAGUGACCAGGUGAAGUUCUCCGCCAGAUGAACACCAAGGAAUUUGGUGCUCUUGACGAUCUCCACCGAGGAUUCGUCGAUGAACAGCGGAGAAUGGUCACUCUGUGCUCUCCUGAAGUCAACAACCAUCUCUUUAGUCUUGUCGACAUUCAGGGAGAGGUUUUUGGCUCUGCACCAGGCUGUUAGAUAUCACUGUGAAUACUCCAACUUUGAGUGCAAGACAAGUUCUCCUUUUCACUGUUUGAUAUUUUAUCUUUUAAGCUGCUCACCUAGUCAAAAAAAAAAAAAAGUAAUCACAAGCUUGGCAAGUGUUGCUGGUGGACAGCAGACUCUGUUGCGUCUUACCUUUGAACCUCUAACACAUUUACAACUUAAUUUUCUAAGUUUUAGAGGUGAACAAUCAAGCAGAGAAAAACCAGAGAGUAUUUUGAGAGUGACAUGUAUCUUUGGUUCAGGAAAGACUUGAAAGUUGUUCUCUUCAGCCAGUCCUGAUGUCACUGGCUUCUGGUUGUUCUUCAGACACAUGGGGUUGAAUAACUAUACACAUGAUCUGUAACCUAUUAUAUACUUUGUACAUUCCUAUACAUUUUUUUGCAAAAUGUACAAAAAAUAAUUGUUGACUUUUAUUUAUUUAUUUAUUUGUUUGUUUUUCUUUGCAAUGGAUCAGUGUUCACUUAAAGCUAAAUGUCAUAUAAAAUGUGUAGCUCCAUUUCGUAACAGGUGAAAGUUUUGGGAUUUUCAUUCUUAUGCAUUUACUAAAAAAUUUAAUGAAAAAUGAGUAAAGGCUGAGACUGAGUUGCAUAAAGGUCCUAUGCCUCUGUUUGAUUUGACAUGGAAUUUCCCUGAACCUAAUUCUGCCACCUUUACCACAAUUCUAUCUCAAGCUCAUGUGUAUAAGGGGAAAAGUUAACUUUAUUUUCUCCUUGUACAUGCUGCUUAACUUGUACAGGUUCAGGCUUACAUGGUACCUUUGUUCAAUGCAUUCUGUUUGUACCUAAAAACAGGCACAAAAAAGCUUAGUACAGCAAUUCUAAGUUUCUAAAACUGUGUUCAAAGGCCAUUUGGCCAUGCUGUGUGUGUGUGUGUGUGUGUGUGUUUGCACUGUGCAAGUGCAAGCGAAUGAUGAAAGGCAAACCUACGAGCCGUGCACAUUUAUCUGUAUGAGGAAGCUGAAACAGUUAAUGAUAUUUCGUAGGCACGCACACACACACACACACACACACACACACACAUCUGUAUACCCAACAGGCUGAAUAUCCUGCAUCUGUAUCAUGGCUCUGUAUCCUAAAGCCCUCACUGCUUCUGGAGCAAGGUAAAGCCUUCACACGUUUACAGUGCUGGUUGCCCUGGCAACCUCAUCAGCUAAAACCUAUUGGUCAGACCCACAGCGAAUCAGAAUGCGAACUGAUUAUGUCAUAUAAAAACAGCAUGGUGCAUUAAAAACAGUCUGAGGGUGCCGUUCUGUGACUCGAGAGAGGCAAGCGCGAGUGUCAUUUGAGCCGACUUCAAAUCAGGUUUUUUUUUUCUCUACAAAUCAAUAAGUGCUGUGUAAAGGGAGAGUUAAAAAAAUAAGAGGAUACAUGCAGCAUCAAAUGAUACCUAAGACACAUCAUUUGAUUUGGAAAAUUCAGAUUUUAUGUUCAGUUGACUGCAUUUACCUUAUUUAGGACAUGUUAACCAAGACAGUACCGUCAAGCUGAAUGACCUUCGCUAAUGCGGCAAAACAAUCAGCAGUGAAGACCUUGAUUCUGUCACUCACACAGUGCUGCAGUUUACAGGCUGUCAUGCUCUGCUAGAGUGCUUACUUACUUAAUCCUGCGUGUAUCAGUCUCUCAAAAUCUCGUCAGGGGCCUGAUUUAUGUCACAAGAAUAAUGUAACAAAAUCUUGAAGGAACACUAUCAGCUCAAAAUGACUAUUCCUAAAGACUUUCCAGGGAAGUUGUUUCCCAUCAUUGCUCCACUGAAAUGGACAUCAGCAAAGAUAAGAAAUACAGAAGAGGAAAGGAGGGUUCGAGCCAACGACAGGGAGUACAAUGAGAAGUUUCAAUAUGCAAAUAAUUGCAUCAUGACCUCGAAGUACAACAUCAUUACCUUCCUGCCCAUCAACCUCUUUGAGCAGUUCCAGGAAGUUGCCAACACCUACUUCCUGUUUCUUCUCAUUCUCCAGUUGAUUCCUCAGAUCUCCUCUUUGUCCUGGUUCACUACCAUAGUGCCUUUAGUACUGGUGCUGAGCAUCACUGCAGUUAAAGAUGCCACUGAUGAUUAUUUUCGUCACAAGAGCGACAACCAGGUGAAUAACCGCCAGUCUCAGGUGCUCAUCAAUGGCGUUCUUCAGAAGGAAAAGUGGAUGAAUGUGACAGUGGGGGACAUCAUCAAACUAGAAAACAACCAGUUUGUUGCAGCUGACCUGCUCCUGUUGUCUAGCAGUGAGCCGCAUGGUUUGUGUUAUAUCGAGACUGCAGAACUAGAUGGCGAGACGAACAUGAAAGUGCGCCAAUCUCUGUCUGUUACCUCAGAACUUGGAGACCCUACCAACCUUGCUCUAUUUGAUGGAGAGGUGGUGUGUGAGCCUCCUAAUAAUAAGCUGGAUCGGUUCUGUGGGACUCUAUACUGGAGAGAUUGUAAGUAUGCUCUGACCAACCAGAACAUGCUGCUGAGGGGCUGUGUCCUGCGCAACACUGAGAGCUGCUACGGUCUUGUCAUAUUCGCAGGUCCAGACACCAAGCUGAUGCAGAACAGUGGCCGCACAAAGUUCAAAAGGACGAGCAUAGAUCGUCUGAUGAACACACUGGUUCUAUGGAUUUUUGGUUUCCUGGUGUGUAUGGGCAUAAUAUUGGCUAUUGGAAAUGCCGUGUGGGAGAAGGAAGUGGGGUCUCUUUUUCAGAGCUAUCUCCCAUGGGAUCCUCCUGUCGACAACUUCCUCUUCUCUGCCUUCCUCUCCUUCUGGUCCUAUGUCAUCAUUCUUAACACUGUGGUGCCAAUCUCGCUGUAUGUAAGUGUGGAAGUGAUUCGUUUAGGUCACAGUUACUUCAUUAACUGGGACCGGCGGAUGUUCUGUAGUCGCAGUAACACAGCAGCAGAGGCUCGGAGUACAACACUAAAUGAAGAGCUGGGUCAGGUGGAGUAUAUUUUCAGCGACAAGACCGGAACCCUCACUCAAAACAUCAUGACCUUCAACAAGUGCUCCAUCAACGGAAAUACCUACGGUGAAGUAAUGGACAUCCCAGGAGCUCAGCGUAAAAGGGCUCAGCCUCUGGAUUUCAGCACGUGGAACUCUCUGGCUGAUCCGGACUUUCGGUUCUAUGAUUCAUCGCUGCUGGAAGCUGUGAAGGUUGGGGAGCCAACAGUGCACGAGUUCUUUCGUCUCCUGUCUCUGUGUCACACUGUCAUGAGUGAGGAGAAAAGUGAAGGAGAGCUGGUGUAUAAGGCUCAGUCUCCUGACGAGGGUGCAUUGGUAACAGCAGCACGCAAUUUUGGCUUUGUGUUCCGCUCUCGUACGCCUGGAACAAUCACUACACAGGAACUGGGGAAAGCUGUCACAUACACGCUUCUUGCCAUCCUGGAUUUUAACAACAUCCGUAAAAGGAUGUCAGUCAUAGUAAGGACUCCUGAGGGCCAUAUUCGUCUGUACUGUAAAGGAGCAGACACAGUGCUGUUUGAGAGAAUUCACUCCUGCAACCAUGAGCUGAUGAACAUAACAUCAGAUCACCUCAGUGAGUAUGCAGGUGAUGGGUUACGGACGCUGGUGCUGGCCUAUCGGGAUCUGUCUGAGGAGCAAUGGGAGGAAUGGGCAGAGCGUUACCGUGGUGCUGAAAAAGCUACAGAUUUCAGGGAAGAUCGUCUGGCUGAUGCUUAUGAGGAGAUUGAACAGGACAUGAUGCUUUUGGGAGCCACAGCUAUAGAGGAUAAGCUGCAGGAGGGUGUGGCUGAGACCAUCGCUAUCUUGUCACUGGCUAACAUUAAAAUCUGGGUGUUAACUGGGGACAAGCAGGAGACAGCAGUAAAUAUCGGCUACUCGUGUAAAAUGUUGACUGAUGACAUGACAGAGAUCUUCAUUGUUAAUGGGCACACUGUCCAAAGUGUUCGUGCAGACCUCAGGAGAGCAAGGGAGCGCAUGAUGGAGUCUGCCCACACACGAGAUGGUGGAAAGGAGGCAGAGACUCAAGAGCUUGGUAAUGGAUUUGAGACAGAUGCAGCUAAGCAGGGGAAAGGUGCUCAUACCCAGACCCUUCCUACCUCAGAGCUAGAGUCCCUCAGUGGAGAGUUUGCACUUGUUAUCAGUGGGCACAGCCUGGCUCAUGCACUGGAGUCAGACAUGGAGCAAGAAUUUUUGGAGACAGCAUGUGCAUGUAAGGCAGUGAUCUGCUGCAGGGUCACUCCUCUACAGAAGGCUUUGGUGGUCGAACUCGUCAAGCGGCACAAGAAAGCCGUCACCCUCGCCAUCGGAGAUGGAGCCAAUGACGUCAGUAUGAUCAAGACGGCUCAUAUAGGCGUGGGAAUUAGUGGACAGGAGGGCAUCCAAGCAGUGCUGGCAUCCGACUACUCUAUCUCCCAGUUCCGUUUCCUGCAACGCCUCCUAUUGGUACACGGCCGCUGGUCCUACCUGCGCAUGUGCCGUUUCCUCUGCUACUUCUUUUACAAGAAUUUUGCCUUCACCAUGGUGCACUUCUGGUUCGGCUUCUUCUGUGGCUUCUCUGCCCAGACAGUAUAUGACCAGUACUUCAUCACUCUUUAUAAUAUUGUGUACACAUCAUUGCCUGUUUUGGCCAUGGGCAUCUUUGACCAGGAUGUCCCUGAGCAACGAAGUCUGGAGUACCCAAAACUGUAUGAGCCAGGUCAGCUAAACCUGCUCUUUAACAAGCGUGAGUUCUUCAUUUGCAUUACUCAAGGAAUCUACACAUCUGUGGUGCUGUUCUUUGUACCAUACGGCGUCCUUUCAAGAGCCACACAGAGCAACGGUGUUCCGCUUGCUGAUUAUCAGACCUUCGCUGUCACCACCGCCACGGCCCUCAUCAUCGUCGUCAGCGUCCAGAUCUCUCUGGACACAGGAUACUGGACAGCUAUUAACCAUUUCUUUGUGUGGGGAUCUCUGGGGGCAUACUUCACUAUCCUUUUCACCAUGCACUCCAGCGUCCUGUUUAAUUUCUUCCCCAAGCAGUUUCACUUUCUGGGAAGUGCGCAGAACACAUUAGCACAACCAGUGGUGUGGUCGACUAUUGCUUUAGCUACAGUCAUUUGCAUUGCCCCUGUGGUCACCUUUCGAUUCCUCAAACUAAACCUUAAACCCCAGCUGUCAGACACUGUGCGCUACACUCAGCUUGUGCGUCAGAAGAAGUGGAAGCCCGGUGGGCGUGCCAGGUCUGGUGUAGGUGUGAUGGGUGCCUCAGGGGGUGCAGCUCUUGGGCGUUCAUGUCAUGGUGGCUCCCGUCGCUCAGGUUAUGCAUUUGCACAUCAAGAAGGCUUCGGAGAGCUGAUCACAUCAGGCAAAAAUAUGCGUCUGAGCUCACUCGCUAUUGCUACCUUUGCUUCACGGCACAGCACCAGCUGGAUCGAUACACUCCGCAAGAAAAAACAGACAGCGGCCUUAGCUCAGCCAACUCCAUCAAACUCUGUGUUACCCCUUUCCACAUCUUCCUCUCUGACUGGCCCCCAGGAAACAUGUCCAGAAAACACAGGACAAACACACUUGAAAACAGUCCCCAGCAACAGUAUUAGUGAUGUCCAGUUAAGCAUGACAAAUUUUGCACAAGUGGAGAUUGAAGCUACAGUCUUAUAGUGCAGGAAACACUGUUUGGCAGCUGGGGGACAGGAACACGGCAUAGUGGAGCCAGCGAUCUUUCUCAGCUUCAUUCCACAGGGAAAACAUCCACUGGCAAGUAAUCGAUGUAGACUCCCUGAGUGUGAACUCCUCUGUAAGUCCUUGAAUGUUUCACCUAACUGACUAUUAACUGAAUACAAGGACUUAGAUGUCAAGAAAUUAUUAGUAUUGUGAUAAAGACUGACAACGAGACCUCUAAGUGCACAUACAGCAAGAGCACUAAACAUGGUAUACUUCAAACCACACACACUGAUCCCUGUUGUUCCUGUCUCUGUUGUGUUGUGUGUACAUUUCACUGCAUAUCAUUCAUCAAAAAGUGUUCGGUCAUAAGUGUAAAAAAUAGAAAUGAAACGACAUUGUUCAGGUUCACAUUUUAAUUCAAACAAAACAAGUGUUCAAUUAUAACAUUAAAAAAAUAGAAUUGAAAUGUCAUUGUGCAGGUUAAUAGGCCCAGGUUCAGACGAUUAUAUAGUAUAUAUAUAAUUAUAUAGUGAAAUUUCUCUUACACGCCAUUCAUUGCAGGUGAAUAUUUGAAAAUUUGGUUUCAGUUAAAAAUAGUUUUUAUGCAGAUGAGAUUUCAGUAAGGGAAAGUACCUUAGAAAUGACAUCCCCAAAGUACAUGGCUUUAGGUUAUAUCCAUUUCCUUACAUCUUUGUAGCAAAUAAUUAGCAGCGAAAUUGUAAUGUGAGCAGUUUCCUGAUACUGAUGUAAUCCGAUACAGAGUUACUUGGCAGUAUAUUCUUGUCUGAGGCAAAUGUCUUAUACGCUUCAAGUUCAGUUGCCCUUAUUUAAUAUUAGAUAAUACUACUAGGCAAUGCAUUGACCUGUAAAUCCUCUGUACACUGUACAUAGACACGCAUUAGUUGCACUAAACUAUCUUAGAUAUCCAAGUUAUGAUUAUUGAUCCUUAUUUGGAAAUGUUGGAAAUGAGUUUUUCUCUCUUUUUUUUGCAGAGGUUAUGUAUAAUAACAGAUAAACACAAUGCAAAAAUACUCAUACUUCCUAAGUACUCUUUUCUGUCAUACUUUUUUGAAAGAUAUUCCUCAUUGUCUUUUAAGGAUUUAUGAUUACUUUGAUUAAGUUAUUUUGGUGCCUGGCAAUACUUUCCCUUCGGGGGUGUAUUUUUCAGAGAACUGCCACCUACAUGAGUAUGGGUUAGAGGUCUGUAGUAUGGCUACUCAUGAAAACCCAAUACUUGAAAACAUUGUCAUGAUAUACAGUAUACCCUAAAUGGCCAGUUUAAUAGGAAAACUUGUGCAACUGCUUAUUUAUGCAAUUAUCAGCCCAUUAAAAUUAUGCAGGUAUCAGUCAGAGAUUCAGUAAUUUAUUACAUUAAAAAAUCACAGUCAAAUCACAAUUCCUUUUGACUGUGGCUUGGCUGUUCUGUGUGAGUCUAUAUUGACUCAGAUAGUGUGUGAUCUGAACAUUAAAUGAAGCUCUUGAACCUGAUUAAUCUGAUGCAUUGCCCUGCUGCCACAUGAUUGGCUGAUUGGAUAUUUGCAUGAAUGAGCAGGUGUACAUGUGUUCCUAAUAAUGUGCAUGGUGAGUGUAUAUCAUGGAAUUUUAGUUUUGCUUUACAGAAGGCUAGUAAAAGGAGGGAAAGUUAAAUAAUCAGCACCAAAAUACCUUUAACAUCUAAUUAAAUGUUUGUUGUUGUUGCAAUGACAGAGCUGGUCAGUGGUCAGAAGAUACCUGCAGUAUUUCAGUAGUUUACUCUGCCAUAAUUUAUUACGGUAUGGAUUUUACACCCUCGUAUCCAUAAGAACUUUUGGAGGACCAUUGGAGGAUGUCUUGAUUCUGUGGAUAAUUUAGUGGAUAAAGUCUGUUAUGGACCUAAUGUGUGAAGCACUUUUUAUGUUUGGAUUCUCCAGUUCUCCAUGAGAACGCAACAUGAACUCAAACGGAAUAAAACUCUUGCUUAACUUUUGCAUUUAUCACACCAUAUUGGUGUUCCAAGACUCUGAGCUGGAUUUCUGGAGUACGUAAUAGCCAUAAAUGUGCUCUUUUGGAUUCUAUAGGAAUGAACCGGAAAAGAACAUCACACACAAAAAAAGGAACUAAAUGGAUCUCACCUCAUGUCUGUUGGACCAGUAACGGUCUCUAUCUCAAAGUGGCCUUAGAUACAUGUUCUAACAUGAGUUGUAUGCAAAGGUGAAUACAUGGCUGUAUGUAUUGUAAAGCAUAACCACACAUUUCCUGUUCCAUUGGGUUUGGGAUAAAUCUAAGCCCCAUACUUCCUGCAGGUGAAAAGAUAACAGUAGUAAUUUGCUUUGAAAAUUGAAAUUUGUUCAAAAGUGUACCCCUGUUUAAUUAUUUGUUUAUUGCAAUAAGAGAAAAGCUCUUAUGUUACUUUGUGAACCAGCAUCUAUAGUUUUAAUCUGUAACAUCAUUCAACUGUGGAGUCUGAUGUAAUGAAAAAAUGGGUGAAUAUGAUAAAAAAAAAAAAACAUUUAAAAACCGUCUGUGUUUUUGUGUCUGACAUGUGUAACACUUACAGUAAUGAUGAGAUAAAUUCCAACAAGUUUGUCAAUACACCUUUGUGAAAAGAAUAUCUUUUUAUUUAUUUUA